CCUAAGGAAACUGGAUAUGCUAUAUAGGCCACAAGAACGUGAAUAACAUUUAGAACGAGCUAGCUAACAGAUUCUCGGGUUUUUACAAUAAAGUCAGAGGAUGUAAAGAAAAACAAUGUCUUCCUCCCUCUCAGAAGAUGAGUUUCAUCGAAUGCAGCUGCAGCUUUUGGAGCUGAGAACUACAAAUUAUGAACUUGAUGGACAAUGUAAAAAGCAAGAAAGAGAAUUGAUUGCACUGAGGGAAAAGAUUGACUCUUUAGACAAGGAUUUACAGAAGGCAAACAAGGCUAUUCAAAAAAGUAAGAAAGCUAAGGAGGUUGAGUUAUUGAUACAAGAAAAUGACCAGCUCCAGAGAAAACUCCACAGCCAAGAAGAAGAGUUCAGACUCCAAAACCAGACUCUCAUGCAGGAACUCUCCAGGGUUGUAGAUGCCAAUGAGACUUACGAGAAAGAAAUAACAGCUUUGAAAGAGAACCGACCCCUAGAGGAUUCUGGGAAACAGAAUGACCUCGCUGAACUGGAGAGCCAGGUCAGAAGGUUACAGGCCGAAAAUUCCGCUCUGCAGAAAAAAUGUACAGUGGAUUCGGAGAACUUAAAAGGCAGCGAUGAGGGAACUGAGACAACAGAAGACGUGCCUGAUAUUAAUGAACUAAGUCUGAGUCUGGCGACAGAAAAAGAAGAAAAUAAACUUCUACAGGAGCAGUUAUCUGCCUUAGAGAAAUCAUCAAAAGAAAAAAUCCAAAAUCUACAGGAAGAGGUGGAGAAAAGUGCAGACAAACUGAAGAAGAAACAGGAAAGUUAUUUACAGUUACAUGCAGAAAAAGAAAGUGUGUUUACCGAGUUGAGUAAAAAGUUAGAGGAUGUUCAGGGUGGUCGGGACAGGGACCAGAAAUAUUACACAGACCAGAUCAGUAAGCUACAGCAGGAGUUAGAGAAGGGCAAAAAGUCUUACCAAGAGUUAGAAGACCAAGCUAGUAAACAGAAAACUGAGUCAGAACAAACCAUAACCUCACUCCAACAACAGGUCAGUGCUGCUAACAUUGUUGAAAACCAACACGUGAAGGAACAGACAGAGAAAUUACACCAACAGAUAUCACAACUCCAACAGCAACUACUGGGUCUUACACAGGCCCAGGAUGAUCUCAAAGUACAGCUACAGGCAAGUAAAGCGGCUCAACAAGAAGCCUCUGACCAGCUGUUGUCUGUGCAGAAGGAGAGAGACAAAAGCAUUGAAGACUGGCAGGAGAUCAAUAAA